CCUUCAUUGGAUCCUGCUCUGCACGGAUCAGAGCAGGCAAAUGUACCACCCACCUCUAGGAGGAAAACUGAGCUGCAGCCCUGGUGAAACAUAAAGUUUAUUUGGGUAAAGUGACGCAAAAAUUCUUAAAGAGCUCUUUGGCAGCAGAUUAUCUGGAAAUCAGACCAUGUGAGGGGGACUGGUGUACAAAAACCUCCCCAAGGUGCUGAGUUGCCCACAGGCUGCGCUCCCGAGGCUGAAGUAAAUGUGGGUGAAGGUCCCUCGGGCUUGGAGAACUCCAAGGGAAGAGCCUCAGACCGACCCCAGCCACAGAAGACCAGAAGGAGCUUAGAUCUGGAUGGACAACGAUCCUGAUUGUCACAGAGUCUUGGAUAUCAACAACACACUCCACGCCCUCCCCUCAGUGAAGAAAGCACCAAGAGGUGUCUUUGUGCAGAAACAAAGGGCUUUGAAAGUACAGCAAGAGUUUAAGCCUCAGAUGGUGCCUCUGCCUUCAGUCUGAUGGAUUUAAGUAUGGGAGAGGAAUUCUAAAAGUGCUGGGAAUAAAAGAGCGGGAAGACAAGCCACGAGGGGACUCUGUGCUGCUGCCUGUCUGCAAGUGAGCAGAACAAAUCCCAGACAAAAAUGGAAAAAAAGGCAACAAGCAACGAGACUGAGCCACUGACUUCCAAGACAGACUGUAACAAAGGAGAAGACUGUAAAGAGAACGGACUCCUGGUCAGGAACCCUAAAUCUGCCCUCCGGCUGGUGGAGGAUGGCAAUAAAGUCCAUCCCAGCCAGGGGGAGAAAGGGGAGGCCGCUCAGAUCUCCAAUGGUUAUUCAGCAGUUCAGAGCUCAGCCCCCUGCAACGGGAUGGGAGAGGGGGAGGAUGCCCAGGGCACGGCCCCGGCAGCCACCACCACCACCACCACCACCACGUCCACCACCUGCGGGGCCGAGGGGCAGCAGCAGCUGAUGGAGCUGGAAGACAGAGAGACCUGGAGUAAAAAAAUUGACUUUCUCCUCUCUGUCAUUGGAUAUGCAGUGGAUCUGGGAAAUGUGUGGAGGUUUCCUUAUAUAUGCUACCAAAAUGGAGGAGGAGCCUUCCUCAUUCCUUACACCAUCAUGGCCAUCUUCGGAGGGAUUCCCCUCUUCUACAUGGAAUUAGCACUAGGACAGUACCACAGGAAUGGCUGUAUUUCCAUUUGGAGAAAAAUAUGUCCUAUAUUCAAAGGAAUUGGCUUUGCCAUCUGUAUAAUAGAUCUUUACGUAGCCUCCUACUACAACACCAUCAUGGCUUGGGCCUUUUACUACCUCAUCUCCUCCUUCACGGCGGAGCUGCCGUGGACCAGCUGCACAAACCCCUGGAACACGGGCAACUGCACCAACUACUUCAGCAAGGACAACGUCAGCUGGGCCCUGCACUCCACCUCUCCCGCAGAGGAAUUUUAUACCCGCCAGGUUCUACAGGUGCACAGGUCUGAGGGGCUGGAUGACCUGGGGGGCAUCAGCUGGCAACUGACCCUCUGCUUGUUGUUAAUCUUCACCAUCGUGUACUUCAGCAUCUGGAAAGGGGUCAAAACAUCUGGCAAGGUGGUUUGGGUGACAGCCACGUUCCCUUACAUCAUCCUCUUCAUCCUGCUGGUGAGAGGUGCAACCCUGCCUGGGGCUUGGAGAGGGGUCCUCUACUACUUGAAACCUGACUGGCAGAAACUCCUGGCCACUGAGGUUUGGGUGGAUGCAGCAGCUCAGAUUUUUUUCUCCCUGGGACCAGGUUUUGGGGUCCUGUUGGCUUAUGCCAGCUACAACAAAUUCCACAACAACUGCUACCAAGAUGCUCUGGUUACCAGCACCGUGAACUGCCUGACCAGUUUUGUGUCUGGAUUUGUCAUCUUCACCGUGCUGGGGUACAUGGCCGAGAUGAGGAACGAAGAUGUGUCAGAGGUUGCCAAAGACACUGGCCCCAGCCUGCUCUUCAUCACGUACGCCGAGGCCAUUGCCAACAUGCCGGCUUCCACCUUCUUUGCCAUCAUCUUCUUCCUGAUGCUGCUCACGCUGGGACUGGACAGCACGUUUGCAGGACUAGAGGGAGUGAUUACCGGAGUCCUGGAUGAAUUCCCACAUGUCUGGGGCAAACGCAGGGAAUUGUUCGUCCUUGGGCUGACCAUUGUUUGCUUCCUGGGCUCACUGGCGACCCUGACAUUUGGGGGAGCAUACGUGGUGAAGCUGUUUGAGGAAUACGCCACCGGUCCAGCUGUCCUGACCGUCGUGUUCCUGGAGGCAGUCGCUGUGUCCUGGUUCUAUGGCAUCACCCAGUUCUGCAACGACGUGAAGGAAAUGCUGGGCUCUGCCCCAGGCUGGUACUGGCGACUUUGCUGGGUGGCAAUUAGUCCCCUCUUCCUUCUGUUUGUCACGUGCAGCUUUCUGUCCAACCCUCCUGAGCUGAGGCUUUUUGAAUACGAUUAUCCCUACUGGACCACAGUGCUGGGUUAUUGCAUAGGAACCUCCUCCAUCAUCUUCAUCCCCAUCUACAUGGUCUAUCGGUUGAUCGUCACUCCAGGAACACUUAAGGAGCGUAUUCUGAAAAGCAUCACUCCAGAAACAGCUACAGAAAUUCCCUUUGGAGACAUCCGCAUGAACGCCGUAUAAACCACCCCCCUGGGUUUGGGGGGACAGAGGGGAGCAGAAGAUGUCACUGUCCCCACACUCCCCCCUCCUCCCCCAAGAAUCCCCUUUCCAGCUGAGACAACAAACAGAGGGGUUUUCCAUGGAAGCUGCAUCACUGGAAACGUGAUGCCUCCAGCACAUUCCUCCAAGCAAUUCACCGAAAUCCUCUGUGCACUUCCAAGCAGGCUGAACCGGGAACUCCCUCCCUCUGGAACACGAGGACUCUGAUGUGCUUGGGAACAUCCCUGCUCCCCCUGUGGGCACUGGGUGACUGCAGCAGCCACUGCAGGCCGGGGGGAUGGCUUAGGUGUGAACCCCAGCCUGUGGCAGUGCUCCCGUACCCUCCUCAGUGUGCUCCUUCGUCCUGGGCAAUGUCGUAUUCGCUUUAAGGUUCUAAAUCGCUUCAACUACGUGGGAAAUGCAGAACUACUGCUGACAGCCACCCAUCACUCGAGUGACACAGGGGUUUAGAAACCAGGAACAAAAAAAAAACAUAGUUAAUCCCCUAGGUUUGUAGUGGAGGAGGGAGAGGAAACAAUCCUGAUGUUUUAGGCUUCACUUUCCUUUAGACCAAGUGGUUGAAAUACUGAGAAAUUGAUUUAAUUUAUUUAUAUCAUUGCCUUUUUUCUUCCUUUCACAUAUUCACCUGAAAACGUGUAAACCAACCAAUAUUUAUCAGGUAGCUCAACAAGUAGCCAUAUAUUAAAUAUCAGUUUUGUACAAAACCCACUUAUAUUGAUACCAGAUGGGCUGCACUGCAAUUACAAGUGUUUUGAGGCAAAAAUUUCCUUCUCUUCAGCUCACCUUCCACUCAUCUAUCACACGAGUAUAUCCCGCCCUCUGUUCUGAACAGUGAAAAGGAAGUGAUGAAACUGGUAAAUUCGGACCAUCUUUGCCUUCUAAAGAGAAUUAAACUGGAGUUUUAGCUGUACAGAACUAAGUAUUCCCUCCACCUUGUACAUGACGCGCCUGUAUUAAUUUAUGCAGCUGUUUAGUUACAAGUGUUGCAAGCUGAUUGUAAGUCAUCAGUAUGUGCCUUGUACUGUAAACUGUUAUUGUAAUAAAUUUAAUAUUCAUAAACCA